CAUGACCGCGCCUGACAAAGAGCCCGGGACGGGCGGCCGCGGGCUACGGCGUCUCUCGCUCCGCCCGCCCAACCCCGCCGGGGAAGCCGCCGAGAAGCCCGGAGCCGGAGCCGGAGCGGUUACUUUUUCCUGUCACUGUGAGGUGCUUGUGGUUUGGGAGCUUAUUGGGCAGUUCUGAAUCAUCAGACAUGAUGCUGUUGAAGUUUCAGGUUCAGUGUCUGGCUCUGGAUAAAGAUAUCCCUCCUGCUGUCUGACCACUGCAGCCUCCUUCCUCAAGGGCAGGCUGGCCCCUUGCUAACGGUGCUAUGGACUCACAGCUUUGGCAAGGUUCCUUAGGAGGGAAUUUCUCAGACUGUCCCAAUGGCUCCCAAUGGGUGUGGGAUGUGUUCAGUGAGUGUGCCCAGGAUAUCCGGGACUUCGCCAGUAUUGUGUUGGGUCUGGUUUCCAUCUUCUGCUUUGCAGCGGCUUCCUUCCCACAAUAUUACCAGGCCUGUAAAACAGGUAAUAUGGACCAGGCUCUCUCCAUAUACUUCCUGCUGGGAUGGCUAGGAGGAGAUUCCUUAAAUCUAAUAGGCUCUUUCCUGGCCAAUCAGUUGCCACUACAGGUUUACACUGCCAUUUACUACGUGCUGGCAGACUUGGUCAUGUUGUCUCUCUACCUCUACUACAAAGUCAAGAACCAGAGCAGAGGCUUCUCUGCUCCCAUUAAUGCAGCCUUUGCCUUCGUUUUUUUGGGAACGGUGUCAGCCACAUCCUUGCUGGGCAGAGCUGGCUCCACAGUUGAAACGGUGACAUUUAAAGGGAGGACUCUUCUGUCUGCCGCAGUGGAUGUGGCUGGAUGCGAGCCUUUCACCAAGAAGGAAAUCAUUGGCUUCACUGUUGGCUCGAUCGCCUCCUUGUUAUAUCUCUUCUCCCGAGUGCCCCAGAUCUACACUAAUUUCAAGAGGAAAUCUACCAAAGGUGUCUCAUACUGUCUUUUUGCUUUGGUGAUGCUGGGGAACUUGCUGUAUGGAAUAAGUGUGCUUCUGAAGAACCCAGACCGAGGGCAAGACGAAGGCAACUACAUCAUUCAUCACCUCCCCUGGCUGAUUGGCAGCCUGGGGGUCCUGUCUCUUGAUGUGAUUAUCUCCUUCCAAUUCCUUGCCUAUCGGAAGGGAAGACCUCGCAUUUCUGAGAGAGAGGCCCUGCUUGGCAAGCAAGAUGAACCCCUUGACAGCUGACAAAGGAACUGUCCCCAAGCAAGAAUGGAUACUGGUGAGAACUCUGGCUUCAAACUAAGCCAUAGCGAGUUGCCAUCAGGUUCCUAGACCUGUUUUUGGGUGACUCCUGUUAACAGAAGAUGUCAGCCAGUGUGCGGUAUGAUGCUUCCUGCAGAAAGUGCUUGGCCAUCUGUCAGAGGACUUUCCUGGUAGAUCUCACCUGCUUGUAGUGAUGACUCAAAAGGGAUUAAAUAUUGUGACAUUUCUGUACCUGGAUCAUAGUCACUUUUAAAAACUAGCUGAAUUUGAUUCCACUUUCCUCCCUCCCUUCCAGAAGGCUGCCCUGAGCCAGCUCUGCAUCAGACAUUACUAGCAAGAAUGAAAAAUCUCUAGGGGAUGGAGGAAAGAUGAGGCUGUCUACCUUCCUGUUUUAAGCAAAUGAACACAGAUGCUGAGAGUGGCUGCCAUUUAACUUCACCUUUAAGGGUUUAUGCACAGUGGCUCAGUGGCUCCCUUUGCCUAUCUGAAUAAUGUUGCACAUUCUUCUUCUGGCAGUUAAGGCAGGGAGUGAGGCCAGUGAUGGGGUUGGAGAGAGGAGUUUUAAUACGUGUGCGUGUAAUUUUAUUGAAAUAUUUUGGCAGCCAACUUUCUAGAAAAAUAAAUCUUUGUCUAACAUGC